GAAACACUAUCACUUUCCUCUCCCGGCCGAAGUACACUACUUACUAAACUCGAAUCUCACUUAUGCGGAAUCCUCUCAAUUUCGCCGCGGUCGCCAUCCUGGCCGUCUUCUUCUCACUCGCCUCCAUACCCCGCCAAUGGAUUGAUCUCCUCUCUCUCCUCCUCUCUCGCAUCACCCGCACAAUCCUCGGCGGAGCGGCGCCUCUUCAUUGCGACAUGCCCACCAUCUUCGCGAAUCCCGGAUACAUACAUCGUUAGCCUCGCCGAUUCUUAUUCAUUGGACCAGCACAAGCAAACCACCAACCGCGCGGCUGAUCUCGAGCGCGCGAUCCUCGAUGUGGGCGUGGUGCAUGAUCCCUUGCUGGGAGAUGUAACUAUGUACGAAGCUAGGUCUGAGGAUAAGUCGCUGGUUGAUGCUAUUCGUAAGGAUCUCGGGGUGCUGUUUGUGGAGU